CGCGAAGAGGCGCCCGCCCCGCGCGCCCGUCCUCCCGCUCGAGGGGGCGGCCUCUGGUGGCGCGCCGAGCAGGCGGGGGUCCAGCCCGCCGGCAGCCCGAGGGUUAACCGCGGCCGGCGAGCGAGCGAGACAGACGCACGGGCGGACAAGACAGCCUCGCCAGAAGAGGCUGGCGCGCAGUCCGCGCUGUAGCCUCGCCGAGCCCGGAGAUGGGAAGCGGCGGCGGCACGCGGGCUCCCCCAAGCCCGGCGGCGUCCCCCCUCGCCGCCGCUGGGAAGGUGAGUGGCGGGCGGGCGGGCUCCCGGGCGCGCUGCCCGGCGGGGACGGAGCCAGGACUCUCGGCUUCGGCUCUCCUCCGCCGUCGCGCCUUCGCUUCCCCACGGAGAGAGGGCUGCGGAUGGGGCGGCGGCGGCGGGGCGUGCUGCUCGGGCUGCCGCCCCUCUUCGGUCAACGUUUCCCAAACGGGGCGGCUGCGGGACGCUCCUGUCGGGUCCGGAGCUGCCUGCCUCCCGCGGGGCUCCAGUGCGUCGAGGGGAGGGGGUGCUCGGUGGGGGAACGGGGUCCACUCGAGUCCCGGUUUUGUUUUCCGUGGGGGGGGGAAUUCUCUGUUUUCCUGUUGGAAGUAAGAAAGGGUGGUGGUUUUGAAGAUGUGAGAUAAAGGGGUUUCUGUGGGGUCUGAGGGAGAGAUCCCCCCCACCUCCGUGGGUUCCACAAUGUGAAAAAGCAAAUGUGUUUUUGUGGGAUUGCUUCGUGGACUUGGUGGCUUUCCUGCGUGUAGAGAGAGAGAUCUGGAGAGCCCUGGGGCGCCUGGUCUGUGGAGCUUGGUGGACCAAGGAGGGAUGUUCUGUUCUGUUCAGUGCAGUGUGCUCUGUGUCUGUCUGUCUGUGUGUGUGUAUGAGAGAGAGAGAGAGAGAGAGAGAGAGAGAGAGAGAGAGAGAGAUCAAGGAUGCUUCCUUUGAUGAAGGAAAACAAGCUCCUCCUGGGUUUGUACUUGGCAGCCUCAUCUGGUCCUAUCCAGCAGCCUUGCCCCAGCUCCAUGAGCAACUCUGGCUCCAGCUCCCCACAGCUUUUGAUAUGCAUGAUGCACCCAGACCUGUUGUGCCCAAAGAACAACUGUGACCAAGCAAGGCAAGGAGGAAUGUCAGGGAGGGAGGAGUGUGAUAACUUGAGCCCCUCUUGUGCACCGGCCAGGGUGGGUGUCCCACAAAAAGUCCAGAGCCAGGGCAGCAAUGAAUGCGUCACACACAGCAACACAAUGCGAGGAAAUCUUCCAGAUUGCCUGUGGAUACCCAUGGGGGGGGGGGAUUCAGCCCCUCUGGAAGGGGCCUCAUUGCUGUGCUUGGACAGCCCCUUCCCAAACACAGGAAAAUGCAUCGGGCUCCCAGGAUUUGCAGUGCCACCCUAGGCAUGUUUACGCAACCCGCUCAGUUCAAUGGCACUUAUUCUCCCAAGUGCGCGCGCGCUGGACUGUGCUUUUUGCUGUUGCAAGAGGUGGAAGAACAAAGCUUGCUGACAUCCGUAGGCACGUUAGGAUUCCAGGCCAUCUGAUCCACAGGUAGGUGGUAGUGAGGUUCGCUUUGUCAGCUGUUGAACAUUGAACUGCUUUCCCCAGCAAGAUUUGAGGCUAACACUUCCCCAGCUUCUCGCCUUCAACAGAAGCAACACCAUCAUAGGGUGAGAUAGCUCCAGACUUUGCUUCACAACCUCAGCGAGCAAAGGCUGGAGGAUUUCUGUAAACAGUGCAUUAGCCACCAUCAACAUGAAGUCACAGCCCAGCUUUGGAGCACAGCAGGGACUCACACUUUGGGACAGCACCAGCAUUCGUAUUCUUAGUCCCAGUUUUUCCAUCUCUAUAGAGUGUCAGAUCUGUAGACGAACAUAAGAAAUGCCUGUUCGGUUCAGGCCAAGGGUCCCUCGAGCCCAGCGUGGUCUCCAAAAGUAGCUGGGGAGGCUCACCGUAAGGCACAAUGUAACACAGCUGUGCAGCAUCUAGCAACUGGAGGUAGACUGUACCCAGCCAUGGAGGGUCUCUUUGGCUUGCCUUGGCUAGUCCUGUCUUCCAUGAAUUUGCGUAUUUCUUUAAAGAAAAGCCUCUAAGCUAGAAGCUGUCUCUGCAUGUUCUGGUAAUGAAUUCUGUAAGCUAAUUUAUUGUGUGUUAUGUGAAGAGCUACUUUUUUUUUUGGUCUGUCCUAAAUCCACUGCCACUGAGAGAAAGAAAUAAUGUUCCCUAUGUACUCCCACACCAUUCAUAAUCAUGUUCACCUCUAUCAUGCUCCCUGUUAGGCGUCUUUCCCCCCUGAAUUCCCUUUUCCUUUCUCCAGAACAUAGCAGGAUCCAUCACUGCAAAUCUUCAGCCACACACACCAGCAGUUGGGUUUUGAUACUCCCACUCCUACUGAUUAAGAGUAGCAGUCUAUUCAUCUCAAGUCUAGGCCAGUGUGGGAUUCAGAACAAUGGUGCAGAAUCCCACCCACCGUCUCUAGGCUCUGGGGCCAGUUUUCCUUCUGCCCACAUUGUUAUAUUUGUAUGACUAUUGAACAUCCUUGCAUGCAUGUGAAAGCCAGGAGAGACCAGUGAAAAUUUGUCUGUAUAGAUUUCUGGCUGAGCUUAGAGUAACUAGGGUCUUCCUUAAGACAUCUUGGCAGCUGAUGUAGAAAAUCCAAAUGGCUACACUAAUGGCAAAAUCAGUCCAGACAUUCUCCAGCAUGCGAUCCAUUGAAAUUAAUCCAAGUGUGCCAGAGCACAUGGAGUUCUCUUGUGCAGCUCCUAUUCAUUCAGAGGGUCUUGCACAGGAGAAUUUCCUGGCUGAUUGUGCCCUGUGGUUCAGAUCUAUCUUUCAGUCUGCAUUACUAUCAUGGUGGCAGAAAUCUGCCACCUUGAGGCAGGAGCCACACCUUUCCUCAUGGGAGGGCCUCGGGGUUUUACUUCUGAAUAGAUAUGUACAGGACUGAGCUGGAGAGAAAAAACCCCUGUUUACUGUAAAAAGAAAAUGCACAGAAAUUCUGGGAGCCUAGGCAAAAGCAUACGAGACUCAGAUAAAUAUUGUUAUGUCAGGGAACAGUCAACUGUGAGAUUAAUAAGGGAAAGUGACAUCUCACUGAUCUACCCGAAUUCUCCGAAGAUGUCAGGCAGCAUGUAGAACAGGGCGACCCAGUUGAUUUAGUGCAAUUGGAUUUUCAGAAGCGUUUGACAAAGCCCUUCAUCAAAAGCUCUUAAGAAAACAAAGUCAUCCUGGAAUAAGAGGGACGAUCUUUUUGUGAAUCAGUAAUGAGUUGUUGGGGGGUUUUUUAUUUAAAAAAGAUGGAAACUCAAAACAUAUUUUUUCAGCAUAUUGUUCUGGCGUAAGCCCUAUUUUUUUGAAGGUACUUAGGUUGUUGUUGUUGUUGUUGUUGUUUUAAAUCACCAUGGGGGCACCAUUUGGAUUUUCUGCCUCAAGCCCCGGAAUGCGUUUUCUGUGCUGUGUUGAGAGAUGUGCUGUGCUGAGGACUAGAACGAUGACAGGGUCAGCAUCUCACUGAAAGGCUAAAUAGGAAAGUGGGAGCAAGCAUCUGUGCAUCAAAGAAGCGAUGUUAAACAUAUUCAACAGUGACCUCAAGAAAGGAAGGGAGGGAUACUGAGGUGGAAACAUUUUACAGCUGGCAAAGCUUUAAAGUCCAGAGCAGAUUGCUGUCUUCUGGAAGGUCAUUACACAACUGGGUGACUUUAGCAAUAAAAUGGCAGAUGAAAUUCAGUGUUGGAAAUUGCAAAGUAAUACACGCUGAGGGGGAAGGGGAGGGGGAGAGGGAGAGGGAGGGUCCGUAUUAGAACUAUUCCAAUAAAAAGAGAGCACAUAUUUUAAUGUCACCGUGUGGAUCGAAGGUGUAUUUGCACUUCUCUGUUCGGGGCUGAUCUUCCUCCACCCACAGCUCAACCUGAUGUUGCAGAGCAAGGGAGGACAGGGGCAGAGGAAGGCAGCUAAAAUGAUCUGUGAGAUGAAACAGCUUCCAUAAUAGACUUGAGGCUCCUUGAGCCAGAUGACAGGAAGAGGGUGCAACAGAAGCACACGAGAAAAUCAUCAAUGCUGUGAAGUAAGUUGAUGGGGAGCGGCUGUUAAUUUUACCUGGGCUCAAUAAUGCAAAAACAGCGGAGAACCUGAAGAGAUGCAGGCAGAAGAGUCUAAACAAAAUACUCAGUUUGAUCCAUGAAUUGAAUUUGCCAUAGAACGUUUCAAGAACAGAAAAUAAAACUCUUUAAAAAAAAAGGAUUAAAAAAUUCCCGGAGGAAAAAAAAAUGUCAGUAGCUAUUAGACAAGAGAGUCAGGGAAUACAAACUAAUGCUGGGGGCGUUUCUAAAAUCUCCCAACAGCUAGAAGCUAUGAGUAAAUGACAGGAAUUGGGUUACUGCUCAAUUGCUCCUUAUUUUAAUCUGAAGCACUGAGCAAAGGUGGGAGUUCUGGCAUAAGUAGGUAAACUGUUGAUUUAUACAUGCAUACCUUUUGCUACUAAAUGAUCUCAUGAAAGCCCUUGUAAGCUUCAAGUUACCUCUUGAAAUAUUUCUGGAAAAUGGGGAGGAUGCAAGGAGCUGCCUUGAAGCGACUAAUCGACAGUCCAGCUAGCUUGUAAUGUUGUUGACCCAGGCAGGCAUGUCUUGGAUCAUGAACUGGAAAUUCUGGGAGCCCUGAAAUACUUCCAAUAACAAUAAUGCUUAGCAUUUAUAUGGAAUUUUUUUAGUGCUUUGCACAUAUUACCUUAUCUUUACAACACGCCUGUAUGGUAAAGGUAAAGGGACCCCUGACCAUUAGGUCCAGUCGUGACCAACUCUGGGGUUGCAGCGCUCAUCUCCCUUUAUUGGCCGAGGGAGCCGGCGUACAGCUUCCGGGUCAUGUGGCCAGCAUGACUAAGCCACUUCUGGCGAACCAGAGCAGCACAUGGAAACGCUGUUUACCUUCCUGCCAGAGCGGUACCUAUUUAUCUACUUGCACUUUGAUAGGCUUUCGAACUGCUAGAUUGGCAGGAGCGGGGACUGCGCAACAGGAGCUCACCCCAUCGUGGGGAUUCGAACCGCCGACCUUCUGAUUGGCAAGGCCUAGGCUCUGUGGUUUAACCCACAGUGCCACCCGUGUCCAUCCCUGUAUGGUAGGUCAAUAUUAUUAUCUUGAGAUUGCAGAUGUAGGAAGGCUGAGGGAGUGGCAUUGAGUGAGGUCAAGGCAGAGGAGAUAUCCAAACCAGGUUCUGUCUGACUACUAUCUCAAUCUCUUUAGCCACUAUGCUAAAGUAACUUUCAACUGUUGGCCUCAUAUAUAUGACAAACAUUUACUCUGCUUCCAAGGUAAAAAAGGUGCAGUCUGCAUCUCUUCUCAGGUCCUAGCUAAGGUUAAUCCAGGAACGAAAAAGGCACCAAGCAUAUCUUAUUUCACUGCUCCACCGAAGCGAGGAAAAUUAAACAAGAGUGUGUUAAUUAAUUAAACAUCUGACUGAAAGUCAUGAUUCUCAGUUGUGUGUGUGCGCGUGCGUGCACACUCACAAAAUUCUCGCAGCCUUCUGUUAAAUUUCCUACAGUUAUUUUUUGAAGAGUUCGUGAUGAACUCAUGAAAUUAAUUGUCACAAGAUGUGGAGAAGCCACAAUGUUAGGUGGCUUAAAAACAACAACAACCCAAAGGAUUGGACAGAUUCCUGGAGGAACGUUGGCUGUCAUGGGUACCUAAUGCUACCGCCAUUAAGUGAGUUCUUGCUGUAGCACUGCUGGUGGCUCUGUUGUCAGGAGAGUAGGGAGAAACGGGGAGAGAGGAGAUGGGUUAGGCUCAUUCUAAGAGAAUAGUCACUGUCCAGUCACUCCAACAGACAGACACAUGGAGCAGUGGGAUGGACAGCUCUGUGUUGUUUUUUGCUGAAAUAGAUUUCUUUAUUUCUGAAACAUUCCAGAUCAGCAGAAUACAAGUUGCAAUCAAGUAUUAAAAUCGUAUCCCCAUAGUAAGAAAGCAUUGAUUAGUGCAUUUUUUUUCCUUGCAAAAGGUCUAUCAAAAAAGUUUUACUUCCAUGAAAACUUGUUUGUUUUCACCAAACACAAGUGUUAAUAAAACAUUGCCAUUUUAUUCUUUAUUACAAAGUAUCGAAACCCAACCAUUGUUGAAUUUUCAGUCAACUAAUAGCUUGGUGAGGGUUGAAGCUGGAGAAAGUGAUGGAAAGGGAGGGUAAGUUUAGAAGUGAUUGUGGGUUGAAACAAACACACCUGGUUCACAACCGUACUUCAAAAGUCUCAAUGGGAGGAUUUAGAAAGGGAAAUGCGAGUUUCUUAUCUGAUCUCCAAUACUACAUCCACUACCCCUAGGCAGAUCUUACUCAGUUUGCUUUGAAACAGUCAUUUAGGCUUUCCACAUAGUGUCCUUGACAUUGUGUCACUACUGUUUUGUUUUAUGUUUAAUAAGGAAAGGGAAAGGACAGGAGUAAGCCUCAAAUUCACAUCCACACCUCAUUUUAAAGGCUUCAAACAAGGGUGUUGUUGUAAGGAGACAUUGGACUCUGGACGCGUCAGGUUCAUUGACUGGUUCAACACUAGCUAUUUACUGUGGAAUUGCCACACUUGGUUCACUCACUUUUUAUGAGGCAUCUAUAUGACAUCAUAGGGACACGGGUGGCGCUGUGGGUUAAACCACAGAGCCUAGGGCUUGGUGAUCAGAAGGUCGGCAGUUCGAAUCCCUGUGAUGGGGUGAGCUCCCGUUGCUCAGUCCUUGCUCCUGCCAACCUAGCAGUUAGAAAGCACACCAGUUCAAGUUGAUAAAUAGGUACCGCUCCGGCAGGAAGGUAAACAUCAUUUCCAUGCGCUGCUCUGGUUUGCCAGAAGCGGCUCAGUCAUGCUGGCCACAUGACCCGGAAGCUGUACGCCGGCUCCCUCGGCCAAUAAAGCGAGAUGAGCGCCGCAACCCCAGAGUCGGUCACCACUGGACCUAAUGGUCAGGGGUACCUUUAUCUUUAUAUGACAUCAUAAUGGAACUGCUGUUUUCCAACACCACCCUAAGUCUCCCAUCUCUUUUUAAAGGUCAAAGAAAGAAAGAAAGAAAGUAUAGCACAUGGUUAGCUCCAUUUAGCAUCGGAUUUACUUUUUUAUACUCUUUCAAUUUGCACAUAAGCAUUUUUUUCGCUUACAUUUUUAAAAAAUCAAUGGCGCUUAAAAGGAAAAUCAUUUUAGCAUGAAUGUAGACAUUUUUUAUAAAAAAAUAAGCAUGUUGGCUUUCCAUUCAGACCAUUUUAGAGAGUUGGUUUAAAAAAUAAAUAAAUCAUUUAAGUUGCACUCAAAAUACUUUUUAGUCUAUAUUUUAAGUAAACAUUUUUAAAAUAUUUAUGCAGUAGCAUGUAAAUGAAGGACUGCUUGAAUGCAAAAUUUAAAAUUGAUUUGAAAAUAAACAUGCUGCUGCUAAGAUGGCUUAGAUGUAUUGCCACUUGCCCAUGGGCUUCUAUAUCACACCCAAUAGUGUGGGCAGAACAUGGUUGCUAGUUGAGACCAAAAACUGCUAGUUUAGAAGCAGUUCAAGACUCUCCAGUUCUGGCUCGUUCUUGCUGCGCUGUGAGAGCCAUAAAUCUAGGUCUCCUGCUUCGGUGAAGUGUUUCUCUCGGCUUCUGAAGAAUCCUAGUCAGAGGUGGUUAUAUCAUCACAUUGGUACCUCUUAGUGCAGUAGCAUCUGUGGCACAGGAAGCUAUGACAUGUUGGUAUCUGAGGCAGGCUUUGGGAUGACUGCCUGUGUUAAGCCUGUAGCCCACCGUGGAUUUAAUGAGCACCUUUAAAAAGCCUUUCAGGUAGUUUCACAUGAUAUUAUAAAGCUUGAUAAAUCUAGGCAGUUGGCUGAUAGCUCAUAACCUGUAAAGAACAGUUGACUCACUGAUAGCGUGGGAAGAUGAAGCAAUGAGUGAAGCUUGUGGCAGCGAUUGCCCUAGGCCAUCUUCAAUAUUUUCAUCAAUAUUGUGGUCACCUGUUUGUUUUUUAGAAAGGGGACAAUACCACUUCACCAGAGACUGGCUGUGUGCAUUUCACAGUUCUGCAUGAGACUGAUAUUCUGCACAGACCUCAGGUUCCUUAUGGCUAUGAAGACAAGCCUGCAGGUGUGCGCGAAACGAUGAAGGAAAUAUCAGAUGCCCAAAAAGAUGGCUGAAUGAAAUUUCUAAGGGUCAUUGGAAUUUGAUUUCAAUUAGCUCCCCAGACCUCUUUGCCCUUCCCCACGACAAUUAGGAGAUGUAGAAUAAAUUUUGCAAAGUGAGAAAAAUAUGAAAAGAUGCACACAUUUUAUGGAAACAACAAAGAGUCCUGUGAUACCUUAAAGACUUAACACAUUUUUAAAUGGUAUAAGUAGGAAUUUUAACACUACACAUAGAUCUGAGUAGGGAGAAACAUCCAAUUCUACCUUUUAAAAUAAACAUCAACAAACCACACAAAGUUCACAGGAGAGCAGCAAAGAGGAUCAGGGAUGUGUUGUGCAAGAAAAAUGCGGGGAAAAUGAAGAAAGCGAGCAUGUUUAGCAAGGACCAGAAAAGGGUGAAGGGAAAAUGUGUGUACAGUUUAUAUCCAAUUUAAUGGUGUAGAACUUAGGAUCUUGAAGUAAGGGGAAAACCAAUUUCCUUAGGUCAGUAAAUGCGCUUAGCAAGCAGGGUGGUCAGUUAUGCAUCACUAAAAAAGAAGGCACCGAUUUGCAUAAAAUUUGCAUGUGCUAAUUUAUAUGGCUAGAAGUAAAUUUAGAAACAAUUUUCUAUAAUUUAAAUAGAGAUGCACUACAGCUCCCCAUGGUGGGAAAAACUUUGACUAGGUGACCUGCUAUGAGCCUGGUUGCUAAUUUAUAUGGCUAGAAGUAAAUUUAGAAACAAUUUUCUAUAAUUUAAAUAGAGAUGCACUACAGCUCCCCAUAGUGGGAAAAACUGCAUAGGUGACCUGCUAUGAGCCGCCUUAGUCUGCGGCCCAGGUGCAACUUCAAGGCCCUGCUCCCCUUGUAAUGACGAUUAAUCUUUAAACUGGAAAUAGAAAAAAGUCCUCAGGAAAGCAGGACAUUCGGCCACCUUAUUAGUGGAGAAAAGAUGAAUAACAUACAUAAAGGAGAACUUCUGAGCCAUAAAAACUGACAAACUACAGCAGAUACUAUAUGCAUUCAAAUUAUUUAGGGCCAAUGAGACACAAGGAGCCAGCGAAAGAGAGGGAGGUUAAACUGUAGAACCAAAAGCAUGGCUUAGAGUUAAUUGGUGAUGGCAGCCUUAAAAGCUUCCAAAGGGAAGUAGAAGAAGAAAAGGCACGUGCCAGCUUGACAUUUAAAUCAAUAGUUGGAAUUUUAAAAGAAAAAGAGGUAUGAAAUGCCAGGGCUUGCUCAAGACAUGGUUGCACCUGAGACAGACCCUAGAAUGGCACCUCUCUUCCCACCAGGGAAGAAGUGGUGAGGGAAGAUCAUCAGGGAAAAAGUGGGGGGAAGAAAGAUCAACACUGGGAUUUACUGUCUUGGUGGAUCUUGCUGCCUGAGGCAGUUGUCUCACCUUGCCUCAUGGGUGGGCCGGCCCUAUGAAAUAUACAGUAGGCCUAGCUAGAGCGCAAGUUUGCUGUAGACUGAAAAGAAAAGCUGAAGUAAGAUAUAGGCUCAGUUCACACGUAACGCUAAGCCAAACCAUAACUUUGCUUCUCCUCCAGUCCUGCUGGUGUUGCGCUGCUGUGAGCUAAGCCAUGGUUUGGCUUGGCGUUAUGUCUAAACCGAAGUCUGUGGUUUAUCUCACUCCAGGCAAACCACAACCUGUAGCCAAGGUUUGUUCAGUGGCUCACUACCUUUUGGUUUCCCUGACUAGGGGAGAUAAAACAUCAGUUUCACCAGUUUCAGAAACAAAGCAGCCACCAUCUUCCCUCCAGAAGCUUGCACGACUGCUCAUUCACACACAGCCAUGGUUUGGCUUAGCGUUGCAUGUGAACCAGGUCAUAGGGUGGCGUCAAUUGAAAAUAAACUUCAGGAAUUGCAGUGGUUACAACGUGAUAAUGUAUGUGAAGUGUUUAAAUAUUUAGUAAGAAAUGGCAUACAAAUGUCCCUACAAUGCAUUAACCAUGAGGUUUGUGCUCCUUCCUUUUACUGCUUUCUGCUCACUGCACCACCUGACACUCAUUUGGAAAAGAGAGAGGGAACAUACCGUAUAUCUGUCUAUCUGCUUGCCUACCUAUAGGGUGCCAAUGUGUCCUGCUUUACAAAGGACACUCCUCUGUUUUGAAAGGCUCUCAGAAGUCAGUUCUCUGUUUGAAGGUGUCCUCUAUUUGACAACUGCCCAGUCCAAGUCUGGCUUAAAGAUAAGAAACAUAAAAAGGGAGAGCACGAAGCCUUGAAGUUGCCCCUCAACAGUCAUGAGUACGUGGACGUCAGAUUUAGCAGGCACACAAGUCCCCUGAUGUCUUCCCCACUUUGGUGAGAUGUAUUGUAUUUCUAUUGUAAUCGCAGCAAUUUCUGAAUUUGCUCCUGUAUAUUUUUUUAAAACCAUGUGUUUUUCUUAAUGUUCUCCCCUCUUUUCUUUUGGUAGUGCACGCCCACUUUUUUGACAAUACGUGAGCUCCCGUUGCUCGGUCCCUGCUCCUGCCCACCUAGCAGUUUGAAAGCACGUCAAAGUGCAAGUAGAUAAAUAGGUACCACUCUGGCGGGAAGGUAAACGGCAUUUCCGUGCACUGCUCUGGUUUGCCAGAAGCGGGUUAGUCAUGCUGGCCACAUGACCCAGAAGCUGUACACCGGCUCUCUCGGCCAGUAAAGUGAGAUGAGCGCCACAACCCCAGAGUCGGCCACGACUGGACCUAAUGGUCAGGGGUCCCUUUACCUUUACCUUUACCUGACCACCUGAUUUACCUGUUGAGAAAGAGUGAUCUCCCACCUGAAGCCUGAAGCAAUGCAGCCACUUGCUUGUGAAGUGGUGGGGUUGCAAAAAAAGAAUGCUGUAGCCAUGAAUAGAUGGGUUGGGCUAGAUGACGUUUGAGGUCAUUUCCAUGAUCUGCUGUUUUUGGUGAGCUAAGCCUCUGUGACAGAAGCACCAAACACACAUGCGGCAGAGGAGGACUGGGAUCAGCAACUGCAAGCAACAGCGGUCUAGUAUAUUGCGCUUGGGGAAAGUCGUGAGGUGAGGGGAGUGUCUGCCAUUAGGGUAGAAGACAGUGUGUGGCAAACAAUACUGGGUUUACCUAGCAGGGUGAUAAAAGACGCUGGAAAAGAAAAUGUGAGCCAGGUAGUGCGUAACCUAAUGUACACCAUCUGAUUAUUAAACAAUCAGUCAUAGCUGGAAAUGGUUGAAAAAGCUUUGUGUUUGAGGCAGGUUGUGAGGUGUUUCAAAACAUCCGUGGAGGAGGCAAGCCAGGUUUUGAUGCCACAGCGAACAUGAAUCGUGAGAAUAAGGUCUUGAAGAACUGCUGUUAGACGACGAUUCAAGGCCUAGCAGCCAAAUGUGUGAGGGAGAAGUAGAAUUGAGGGAAGUGGCCAAGAAAACUUCGGGUUUUGCUGGAAGCUUCUGGCAGAAUCAAUUACAGAAUGGCAGAGCGAGGUUUCUGCUUUAAUAACAGGUGUCCCAGCUGCCCUAGACGGUAUCAGAAAAGUGAAUCUAGCUUAAAAGCAACAUUUUAAUUAAAUGUGAGUUUUCUUCUAAAGAACGCCCCUCAAUUUUCCACUAUAUGUGGAGAAGAAACUAUUAAAUCAUCGAAAGUGGAUGCAGAGUAAUUCAUCACAAUCAGCAUAAGGUAAUACGUUUUAUUCCUUCCUCUAAAUUCCAUCUCAAAGCUCACAUUUUUCCUAACCGCCCCUCCCUAUCCAGCCUUCAUCCCCCCUUUAACAUAGAUAAGAGCUGCACACACACACCAUAUUUUUGAAGCACACACCUGCAAGACUCCUGGGGAAUAUAGUUUAUCCCUCACGGAGCUACAAUUCCCAGCACACUUAACAAGCUAGAAUUCCCAGGAUUCUUGGGGGGGGGGGUGUUAAAUGUGCUUUAAAUGUAAGGUGCAUAUGCAUCCAGUCUACGUGUGAGUAAGCACACCUUCUCCCAGUCCUUUUCUUAGGUUUGCCUUGCUCUUCUUCCUAACCUUUUCUCUCCCCACUUACUGAUACGAGAGAGAGAGAGAGAAAGAGGGAGAUUCCUGUGCGGACGGUGGCUGCAUCUUUUGACGCAGACAGGAAUGGAAUCAUAGAAUUGUAGAGUUGGAAAAGGAACCACGAGGGUCAUCUAGUUCAACCCCCUGCAAUGCAGGAACUUUCUGCCCAACAUGGGGCUCGAACCCGUGGCCCAGACGUUAAGAGUCUCAUGUUCUACCAACUGAGCUUCCCAAUUUGGCGAUGGUGGGGCAAUACUAAUAUGUGACUGGAAGUGGACCAUUAGUUGUAAGUGCUUUGGGGCAAGCUGUGUGGUGUGUAGUGUGUGUGUGCGCACACACACACACACACACACACGAGCACUUGAGCUACAAAGUGCCAUGUACAUCAAUAUGAUUCUUGCCCCAGUUGAUGUGUUUAUUACAGUUUGACACUGCACCUUUAAAGCACAUUCGAAGUACAUGGUACCUCGGGUUAAGUACUUGAUUCAUUCCAGAGGUCUGUUUUUAACCUGAAACUGUUCUUAACCUGAAGCACCACUUUAGCUAAUGGGGCCUCCUGGUGCCGCUGCGCCGCCAGAGCAUGAUUUCUGUUCUCAUCCUGAAGCAAAGUUCUUAACCCGAGGUACUAUUUCUCGGUUAGUGGAGUCUGUAACCUGAAGCGUAUGUAACCCAAGGUACCACUGUACACUUUCCUCUCCAAAUAAUUCUGGGCACCGUACCUACAAUCCCCAAUAACCCUUAACAAACUACAGUCCCCAGAAUUCUCUGAAGCUGGUGGAAACAUGCUUCAAAUUUGCUUCGAAGAUCGCAAUAGUGUUCAACACAACAUAAAUAAUUUGUGGCAUAUGACUCUGUGAAUGCUAUAGGUGGUGCCUGUGUUGUCACUGAUUGCGAAUAACACUGCCCUAGCCCUCCCCUGUGCCUGGGCUCUUAAUUUUUUUAUUUUAAAUGUCGCUUUUACUCCUGUAGAGGCAAGCACUUCCCUUUCUAUGCCACUUAAACUGGCAAGUGCUUGUGUAUCCUUUCAGAAAUAAGAUGUCAACAGCAAUGCCCUGAUCUUCCAUUUUGUAAAAUGCCACCCCCCACAUCCACGAAUCACCUUUUUAUAUAGGGCUCGUUCAUUUAGGGCACUUCAUUACAUGGGCACACACAGCACUCUGCUUAUACCCCCAGCUGUAUGUGUCACUAGGGGGGUGGCAGAGGCUAGCAGGGCAAGGACCCCCUUGCCUAUGUACAGUUCUGCACAUGUGAGAGAUGAGUCAUUCCCUUAGCUCCCCCCCCCUUUCUGAAGGUUGUCUGUUCCCCUCUCUCAAUGAAGAAGCACAAAUCUCUCAUGAUUUUUUAACAGCAGUAAUGGACUAUCCCCUGCAGCUGGGGCUCCUCUCUCUCUCUCUCUCUCUCUCUCUCUCUCUCUCUCUCUCUCACACACACACACACACACACACACACACAGUGUUCCUUCCCAUCCCUUGCCCCCUCCAAUGCACAUGCAGGUACAGCAACUCACACAACUGACGCACGGUACUAGAAUUAGUGCAACGUGGAAAAUAAAAUCCUUUUUAAAAAAAAGGCUUUCCAGAAUGUAUCCUGUCCUAAAUAUAAUGAGAGCCUGAAGUUGGUUUUUGGACAUGAUGAAGAUAGAUGCCGCAGGGGAAAGAAGAAAGAAUUCAGAAGUGAGCUAUGGAGAGGAUAAAAAAGAUCUGAAGGCAAGUCUUAUGAGGGUGGGCCAAAAGCUCCUGGUGUGGCUUGCCUGGAGAAAAGAAGAUUAAGAAGGGGUAUUUAAAUAUUUAAGAGAAUUUUAGAAAGAAGAUGGGGAGCAAAUGUUCACCCUGUUCAGUGAUGUAAUGAGUUUAUGCGAGAGGCAGGUAGCUUUCGGCUAAGCAUGGGGGAAAGGCUGCCUGAAUUCAAGCGAUGGAAAAUAACUGCCCAGAGAGGAUUCAGAAUCUGCAUUCUUGGAGAAAGGGCCUCAAAUGGCUUCUGAGGGGGCGUUUUAUGCUUUGAAUAACCGUCAUUUAUGUACCACAUUUCAGGGGUUCAAAGCACAUGUUUGGGCUGUAAGCCCCUUGCGAUAGGAACCUGCCCUCUUGUAUGCUCUAAAAUGCCAGACACUAAGGGUGCCAUAUUAACCAAACAAGAGGGAAAUAGAUCUAUGACCCACGUGUCGGUAAUUAAUAAAAGAAUCAGCUGGACUCCUGGAUUCAAAAUGCAGGGCAUAACACACUCUCCGGUGGGAAAAAGACCCCAGCAGAGUUUAAAACAGUCACAAGGUCAAGCAGCAGUAUAGUGUGGGUAUAACAGGCUGUUAGACCUUUUUAUAUAUUCUGUUUACUUUGCUUACAGUGCUUUCCCCAUUUCUGCUCCUCUUGCAAUGAACAAACCACACUCUUCAAAGCUUUACUUACAAAAUCCUAAAGUAUGAGUCAUGUGCUAUUCCAUGCAGCAGCAAGGAGAACACAGGUAGAAUUCCCUUGGGUACAAAGUACCAAAAGAUGGUUUCAAGCAGGCAAGCUCAGACACUUUCUUCCUGGUCAGUUACAUGGUGUGAAGAAGAGUGAUGAAAGAAUAUUUCUUUCCUCCCUCAUUGGAGAUGAGGGAGUGUGACCUAACUGAGUCUAGCAUUACAACUUUGUGGUCUUUAACCCCUUCAUGCAUUAACUAUCCCUAUGCCUGCUAGUUUACUUUGACUACAAGUUCCCCACUGUAAUAACAUUACAGACAUUCUUUCUGCAAUGCUUAUCACAUACAUUAUUUCUGUAAUCACAUGCAUUACGUCUAAUGCUUAUGACAAGUUGAAUAUAGAAAGCAGGAAUAUAUUAGGAUGGAACUGGGUGUUUCAGCUGCUAUGUCUGCUCCUCUGCUCACCCUGUAACAUUUAAUAAUGCAAGGCAUGUGAUGUGUUGCUGUUCCACUGAAAGUUUCCCAGCUACGGCUGAUCCACUUCACUGGCUGCUGCUCCAUGGGGUAGGGAAUGAGAGGAGGAAAAUUCAUAAUGCAUUAUAAAGCUACAUGGGCAGGGGGAGGAGAUGCAAGCAGCAACAACACAUCACUCAUAAAUGUGCAGCUUUUAUACAUCUCUUUUGAAGAAGAGGCCUGUUCUGAUUCAUACACCAUGCUAAGUCAUGGCAGGCCGAGGGCACAGCGGCGGAUUCACACUAUCCCAAACUCGCCGUUUAGCUCUCCCAAACAAACUAUGGGUUGUAAACCAGGAACAAACCUUAGUUGCACCUCAUGGAUAGUCCAGAGAUUGGGUGGCUCAGCAGCAAAAUGACUAGAGAGGAGUGGCAGAGAUCUCCCCAGGAAUCCACAUACUCGCGUUUACACAAAGCUGUGGUUUGGCUUAGUGUGACUUGGAAGGCAAGGCUGUGUUGCUCACUGCAACAUCUUCUAGAGAACUUGCAGCUGAAAAGGACCCAAAAUAGUAAGGUCCAAACUGGCUUCCCCACCCCAACAGAGGUUGAACCACCACCUUCUCUUGGGGCAGGAUGGGUCACAGCCUCUCUCAAAGAGGCGCUAGUCACUUCUGAAGUCCAGAUCGAAAGCUCAAUUCUGUGCAGUUUCAGAAACCAGGAAGGUCAAGGAUCUGAGGAGCAGGUAGACCUCAGCCUUCCAAGCAGCUCAGUCUGUGAUGGCAAAAAGCGUUAAUGGAAAAAUACUGUUGUUGUUUAGUUGUUUAGUCGUGUCCGACUCUUCGUGACCCCCUGGACCAGAGCACGCCAGGCCCUCCUGUCUUCCACUGCCUCCCGCAGUUUGGUCAAACUCAUGCUGGUAGCUUCGAGAACACUAUCCAGCCAUCUCGUCCUCUGUCGUCCCCUUCUCCUUGUGCCCUCCAUCUUUCCCAACAUCAGGGUCUUUUCCAGGGAGUAUUCUCUUCUCAUGAGGUGGCCAAAGUCUUGGAGCCUCAGCUUCACGAUCUGUCCUUCCAGUGAGCACUCAGGGCUGAUUUCCUUCAGAAUGGAGAGGUUUGAUCUUCUUGCAGUCCAUGGGACUCUCAAGAGUCUCCUCCAGCACCAGAAUUCAAAAGCAUCAAUUCUUCGGUGAUCAGCCUUCUUUAUGGUCCAGCUUUCACUUCACAAUGCUUUAAAUUAAAUCACUCCCCCCUCCAAAAAUGUAGUGCUGAAAUGGUUGUAUCCUUGUUCCCCUUUUUAUUCCUCCUCCUCCUACUAGAUCAUCACCUGCGCUAGGAAUCGAAUUGUUAACGAAUCUAUGACUCUCCUUUCUGCUUUUAUGAUUAACCGACUCCCCCACAUUGCCAUUAUUACCUACGCUCCCUCUUCCCUCCUCUCUCCAGGCCCCAAAGAAUCUGCUCAGACAAAGCAGCACUCUUAUUACCCCAACAACCCUUUUUUAAACAGGAAACUCCGCUUCCAUCUUCUUCCCGCUCCCUCCCUGCCCCCAGCGGCUUUCCGCAGGGUUUCAAAUGAGUCUGAAUUUAAACAUAAUAUAAGUGUCUAAUCACAACUGAAUCAUAUUCUAUGAGAACAUGUUCAAGAGAUUAAAGUAAUAAGGCUGCAAUAAAAGAGCUAUUUAGCAAGUAGUAAAAAUGCACAUCAGAUUCGCCAGGAUACAAAGUGAGAAGUGAAUUUUACUUUUCAAGACAGAAAUGUAGUCUCUGCAUCUUGUAAUCGUGUGAAUAUAUGGCCAUCUGUUCUAGUCACUUUUUAUCUGUCCGUUCAGUUCCCCUUCUUCCUUUCACCCAGACUUUGUAGGCACACAAACACACAAUGGGGGUGGGGGACUCUCUUAGCUGUCUUCCUUGCUUACCCUAGAACUCGAGGUCUGUCUGACAGCUCUAGCGAACAAGUCAGCAAAACAUUAGCAUAUUGAUUUUCCCUUCUAAGUUUGUUUGCUGAAGGACUUGUGUCAGCCACACCAUUGUCAAGCACAGAGCCUUGGGUUUUAUUGGGCUCCCCUGGGAGGGGAUGUUUCUCGUAAAGAUAUUAUCUCCAGUCCUUGAAACGACUUGCUUACAGCACCCAGCUUCUCUGUAUCUGCAGAUGAGUUGUACCUGGGGCAUCUCCAGGGCUUACAGGCUGGAUCAUCUUUUGAACUCUGCACCCACAAUGGGAGACCGGAGUUUGGGGAAAUAGUAGCAAGCUAGGUUGUAUAACGGGACGCGGGUGGCGCUGUGGGUUAAACACAGAGCCUAGGACUUUCCGAUCAGAAGGUUGGCGGUUCAAAUCCCCGCAACGGGGUGAGCUCCCGUUGUUUGGUCCCUGCUCCUGCCAACCUAGCAGUUCGAAAGCAUGUCAAAGUACAAGUAGAUAAAUAGGUACCACUCUGGCAGGAAGGUAAACGGCGUUUCCGUGUGCUGCUCUGGUUUGCCAGAAGCGGCUUAGUCAUGCUGGCCACAUGACCUGGAAGCUGUACGCCGGCUCCCUUGGCCAAUAAAGCAAGAUGAGCGCCGCAACCCCAGAGUCGGUCACGACUGGACCUAAUGGUCAGGGGUCCCUUUACCUUUACCUUUAGGUUGUAUAACUGGCCAGAUAUAAGUGCAAACAUACAAUAGCCGUAUCCCAGUUUGCCAUUUUUAAAAGCUAUACAGCCAUAAUUUGUAUCACAAAAAAUUGUGUGUGAGAAAGAGAGAGGGAGAGAGUGUGGGCAGUGAUUAAAAGGGCAAAAGGGAAAGCCAUUUUAGCCCUCCGGAAAGUAAACACUAAAUAUUUUAUGGACAUAUUUUUCCUCUCUCAGUCCUUAAGCAGGCUGGCGUUUUCUCCCUGAUUCAUUCCCGUUCGCUAUCUCCUGUGUUUAUCAUUCUAAUUUUAUUCCUAUUCUUUUCCUUGCCUCCACGCACAAUUAAAGUAGCUCUUUAUAUUAAAUGGAUUACAUGCUCGGUGCUAUAAAUAAAUGCAGGAAUUAAGAUUCUCUUAACUUGUUUAAGUGAUAAGAAAUCAGAGGCACAAAUCCCCCCCCCAGCCCCCAGCCUUCGGAAGAACAGCAGCACGUGUGUUCUAGGCUGUGAGGCUCACAUUUAUGUGCGUGUAUGCUUAAUGUUCUGCCGCGAGUGCAGGGGGAGGGCAGGAAAUGUGCGUGUGCAAUGAUAAGCCAGGGACAUGUUUUCUCUCCAUGUCAGUCUGUCUUCUGCUUAUGUUCAUAAUACAUGGCAUGUUUAUAAGGGUUGAAGGGACUUGAUGGAAUGUAGUGAAAGUUGGUGGUCACUAGGCAGCCGUGCAUCAGCUGCGCUGAAGGGAUUUAGGAACGCUUUAGCGAACAUUCAACUGACAUUCCUUUUUUUUUCAUUCCUGGUUUUAGUGAAGAAUAUGAGGCAGAUUUACCGCUGAGUGGAGAAACAGUCGCCUCUAGAUAUGGAGACCAGCACCUGGUAGGUUUGUAACUCUUCUUUUAUAAAGCGUGAUGGAAAUGGGCCAGGGCCAGGGCCAGGCUGUGGCACUUAAGUGUGUGUGUGUCUAGGGCAGUACUUUGAAGAAGGAAGCAUUGCUAGUGCACUACCAGCAACAAAUCGUACUUGAUACAUACCUAGUAAUGGUAAUAGCCAAAGCACUGGAUUUACAGUGGUGUGGACAGUUCCUCCCCACAAGUCACUGAGCUGAGGGGGUGCAAAAUAGAGAAGAUCCAUUUGGAGCAUAGCUGUCAACUGUCCCUUAUUUGGCGGGAAACUCCCUUAUCCCAGCGCCGUGUCCCGCUGCUGUCCCUUAUUGAUGAUGUCCCUUAAAUUUCCCAGGUUUCAAAGGAAGCAGCUCCUCUCCCUCCCUGCCAGCCAGGGAGGAGGGAGGCUCCAACUGUGUUGCUUGGCUGCGUUGCUCACCCAAUAAGGAGUCUAAGAAUGACUCAGGGGGUGGAGCUUGCAUGCCUUGUGCCAAUCAAAUCGGCCGCGUUGCCUGGGGACUCGCCUUUGCUCAGCGCUUCCCAGCGGAGAGGUGACGGUGGUUUUCCUUGCUGCAUCCCCUUUGCUGGGUUGCUGAGCUGUGGGAACCACCGCUUGAGGCUUUGUUUGGCUGCUGGCUGGGCUUUCUGCCUUUGGCUUGGAGGGGCUCAGAAGUUGAACAUACCUGUGCCUGGAAAAUCCCUUAUUUUGGCUGCUGAUCCCUUAUUUUUGAGGCUGCUGGUCCCUUAUUUACAAAUCUGUAAGUUGACAGCUAUGAUUUGGAGGUGCCAGUUUUUGACCUCACACAGGGUGCCCAGAAAAGGAGUGAAAGAGCUGGUGCUUUGGGGAGACACAAGCCAAAGGAUUGUACUGACAAUAGGAAGGGAGUGAGCUAGUUGAUGCAUUAGGGUUGGAGCUGUGACAGGUGAAAAGGAAGUGUGCAGCUAUGGCACCUGCACAUGGCUUCAUAAAUCAUCGUUUGUGAAGCCAUGGACAAUUGUCUGAAUGUGGCUGUUGGGUCUCCAGGGCCCAGCACCCAAUGAGAGGCAUGAAGAAAAUUGGGCAUCCCUGCAAAAUGGGAGUGAGGGAUAUGCAUGAUGUGUGCAUAAAAACCCCCACAGUUUCAGGCUGGGCUGCUUACACACCACACCUUUAAAGUGUGUGGCUUGCCCCAAAGAAUCCUGGGAACUGUGGUUUGUGAUAGCUGCUGGGAAUUGCAGCUCUGAGAGGUGUGACGGUUCUCAAGAUUCUUUGGGGGAAGCCAUGCCCUUUAAAUCUAUGGUGUGUACACAGAAACAGUUGCAGAUACUCCUGGACAAAGAGGUCGUUGGAGGUGGCGCUUAAAACAGGCUGCAUGAGAAAGCUCCAUCUUCAGGCUUAGCAAAUUAACAUGAGUUACAGUAGGGUUACCAGACGUCCCCAGUUCCCAGGGACAGUCCCUGGAUUUGCAAAUCUGUCCCCGGACAAAUUCCAUCCCCGGAAUGUCCCCAGAUUUGCAAAUCUGUCCCUGCAAAAUGUGGCAGCAGCAGCCUCAGCAGCCCGGAGCCAGCCUGUUAGCGCUGCUCGGUGCCAUGGCGCCCGCCAUUUUUCCUGUGCCACGGCAGCGAGCAUCUCCUGAAGCCAGCCAGAGCCAACUGCACUACCAGGCUGGCCCCUCCUGGGCAACAGCCGCCCGCCCGUGACUCCCGAGCCUCCCCUGAUCUGUGAAAACAAAGGGGGAAGGAGAUCAGGGAAGGCUCGGGUGUCACGGGCAGGUGGCGUGCCAUUGCCCAGUUUUUUAAAAACUGUGCAUUUAUGUUUCACAGGGUGUGAAAGAAGGGCUUUGCACCUUUAUACAAUAUGCAUGUGUGCUUGGGUCCAGGGUCGUUUGCCUCACCAUCCCCACUACUGACUCCCUGUUGCUACUCAGCUUCAAAAAAAAAAAAAAGUGUCCCCGGAUUCAUUGAAAAAAAUCUGGUAACCAAGGGUUACAGUCUGUUAGUUAUCCCAUGCAAGUCCCAUUAAAUGAACAGGAGCUGGCAGGAGCGCUGUUGGACACUUGCACAGAUCAUUGGCUUCAGCUGGGCUUUUGCAAAAGUUCAAAGCUGACUGCGAUCUCCACCUGCCACACUUCAUGGGAACCAAAACCCCAGGGCCUGACAACACAGCCAGCGAGCCCCACAGACAGGGAGUCUCCAGCUUAGCGACGUGCAUCUCUCUUUCUCCCCUUCCGCAGCGUGAUGCUCCCUCUGGUCUCCUGCUUCCACCUGCUGCAGCUCUGGCCUUUCUUACUUCUCGCCACAGCACUUCCAUCCCACAGCGCCUGGUCUCUGCGCACCCGGGGCCUUCUGGCGGCGCGGCCCCUCUGCAGCCACCGCGGCCCUUCCUCCCCUCGGUCCGUUUGCAUCUGGGACAAGAACCCCGCCCCGGAGAAAGGGUCCCGCUCUACCUCACAGCGCCAUCGGUCUGUGGUUCCCAAAGGGGCUGGGCUGCGCAGCUCAGUGCGCCUGAGGCGCCAGGCUCAGGGAGCCCGGCCUGCCACUCCGUCUGGCUUCGAGGAUGGCCUGUCUUCCUCCCAGUACCCCUGGGCCAUCGUCUGGGGCCCCACAAUAUCCGUUGAGGAUGGAGGCGACGCCAACUCUGCCAACCCUGGCUUCCCACCUCUGGGUUACACCUUCGUUUCGUCAAGCGGAAUGGCAACAGCGCAACCCAACUCCCACUCCCUGCUACACAACGAAGGGCUCAACCUGCGCCAAACCCCAGCCACCCUACGGCCCUUCCUUUUCGGGCCACGGGGAGAAGGUAACACUCAACGUCUCUCGAUUCCUUCUGGUGUUGCCAACUUUUUUUUCCCUUUUCCCAUUAUUAUUUAGAGUUUAUUGAUUUCUUUUUUCCAGUGGACCAAUAAAGAGAAAGUAAUGAGAAAAUAAAGAAAAGGGUGUUCAAAACUGUAAUACAGUGGGUUUCCAGCUGUUUUGGGACUACAGUUUCCAUCAUCUCUGACCACUGGUCCUUCUAGCGAGGGAUGAUGGGAGUUGUAGUUCAAAUGCAGUGGGAAACCCAAGUUUGGGGACCUCUGCUGUAAUGCAAUGCAAUGUAGAGCUAUAUAAGUAACGCUGUUAUUCCAACAAGUAUACAAUUAGUAACAAGUUGGUCUAAUUUUUAUCAAUGCAUUCCAAGUACCAUUAUAUUUAUCCAUGCGCAAUCUGCGUCUAAAAGCGAUCCAUUCAUGUGUUGCAAGAGUUGUCAUAUCUUCUAUCCAUUGAUCAAAGGGGGGCAUAGUAUUAUCUUUCCUGUUUUUGGAUUUGAUAUCCCGCUUUAUCACUACCCGAAGGAGUCUCAAAGCGGCUAACAAUCUCCUUUCGCUUCCUCUCCCACAACAAACACUCUGUGAGGUGAGUGGGGCUGAGAGACUUCAAAGAAGUGUGACUGGCCCAAGGUCACCCAGCAGCUGCAUGUGGAGGAGCGGGGAAGCAAACCCGGUUCCCCAGAUUACGAGUCUAUCGCUCUUAACCAUUGCGCCACACUGGCUCUAUUGAUAUUGAUUCCUGUGAAUCAAUAUCAGUCUUUUGGCAGCAGUAAUGGUGUGAAGCAUCCAUCUGCAUUGACCAGCCGUCAAACCCCAUAUCAUUGGUAUGUGGUUUAGCGUAAUAUUAUCAUCUGACAGUUUUAACCCCCCGCCCUAAGUAGAAUACAGGGACGCGGGUGGCACUGUGGGUUAAACCACAGAGCCUAGGACUUGCCGAUCAGAUGGUCGGCGGUUCGAAUCCCCGUGACGGGGUGAGUUCCUGUUGCUCGGUCCCUGCUCCUGCCCACCUAGCAGUUUGAAAGCACAUCAAAGUGCAAUUAGAUAAAUAGCUACCACUCCAGCGGGAAGGUAAACGGCGUUUCCGUGCGCUGCUCUAGUUCGCCAGAAGAGGCUUAGUCAUACUGGCCACAUGACCCGAAAGCUGUACGCUGGCUCCCUCAGCCAAUAAAGCGAGAUGAGUGCCGCAACCCCAGAGUCGGUCACGACUGGACCUAAUGGUCAGGGGUCCCUUUAACUUUAAGUAGAAUACAUUUUAAAACUUUUCUCCAAAAGCUUGUAAGCAUCGGACACCGCAAAAACAUUUGUUUCAAAGAACCAUUUUCCUUAUUAUAUCUCCAGCAACAUGUUGCCAACUUUUUCCCCUGACCGGGCUCCUGUGUACCUUUAAUCGCUUGAGUGGCAAGCUGGAAUCCUACAGGUGAAGCUUUUCUCAAUGCUGCAGCUGUGAGCUCCACCUGCAAGAGUGCUACUUUAAAAAAGCACACAGGAGGGCAGCCAGGAAAAAAGUGAAAAUCUCAGGGGUGGUGUGGUGGCAUGGACUGCCCUGUCCCCGCAAAAUGGUCAGGAGCUGCAUACCUUACUUACUGACACUUCCCGUCUCUGUCUGUUCCAGGUGUGGACCCUCAGCUGUAUGUCACCAUUACGAUCUCUGUCAUUAUUGUCCUUGUUGCUAUGGGGAUAAUACUCAAAUUCUGGUGAGUAGAUUUUAGGUAGCUGCAAAGGUUAAUGCCAUAGGAUCGCAACUCACAGGAGGUGAGGAGAGGCACCAGGGAUAUGUUGUAAUUGAGGACAACACAUCCAAAUGGCUUAAUAUUGAAUGGAAAGCCAAUGUUGGUGUUCUUGGAGAUUCUCUACUCUCCAAACAUUAGUUUGGGAGCUGGGAAUAUAUUUUUUUGCACAAACUGACCCUUUUACAAGUGGUCAAGCUCCAUAAAUAAAGUAAACACCAUCUAGUAUUCCUACGUUAGUCAGCAUCUUAAAAAGCAGAGACAUCACCUUGCCGACAAAGGUCCGUAUAGUUAAAGCUCUGGUUUUCCCAGUAGUGAUGUAUGGAAGUGAGAGCUGGACCAUAAAGAAGGCUGAUCGCCAAAGAAUUGAUGCUUUUGAAUUCUGGUGCUGGGGGAGACUCUUGAGAGUCCCACGGACUGCAAGAAGAUCAGACCGAUCCAUUCUGAAGGAAAUCAGCCCUGAGUGCUCACUGGAAGGACAGAUCCCGAAGCUGAGGCUCCAAUACUUUAGCCACCUCAUGAGAAAAGAAGACUCCCUGGAAAAGACCCUGAUGUUGGGAAAGAUGGAGGGCACAAGGAGAAGAGGACAACAGAGGACGAGAUGGUGGGACAGUGUUCUCGAAGCUGCUAAAAUGUGUUUAACCAAACUAUGGGAGGCAUAGGAAGACAGGAGUGACUGGCGUGCUCUGGUCCAGGGGGUCACGAAGAGGCGGACACGACUAAACAACAACAACAAUGUUAGUCAGUACAUACAUCCCUAAUAUAGAUCUGCAAAAAAAAUAUGCUGGUUUAUGUAUUUAUUUACAAAACUGAAAGACAGCUGCUAAAGUAUGUAAUUUAAUUACUUCUCUCAGUUUGUUUAUGACAUUUUAAAAACGUUGUUCUUUCCCUUGCCUGUGUUGUACCUUGGUACAACAUAAAGGCCGCAUAAAACUCCACAUAAAGGCCACAACUAGCCAUCACUACCCUAAUGAACAGAAGCAACUCUUGAUGAUUCUUCUAAUAUCCAAUUCUGUGAGGUGCAGAAGAAGAUAUACACUUGGCAACUUUUUAAGCAACUGACAUUUUCAGUUUCACAUUAACUCCUUUAGGUUUUGUACAGCACCAAUUUGGAUGUUGGGAUUUGUGUACUGGGAGCGAAUUAUAUCAGAUUUUGCUUUAAAUACCAUGUAGUUCGAACAUUUUAUAACUGCAUUAAAACGCACACACAUCAUUAUAGAGUUAUAUGUUAAGUUAAGGAAUUGGUAUGUUAUAUUUGAACAUUUUAAUUGACUUGUUUUUCAGUUGGCAUUUCUUUUAAGUUAGGCAUUUUUCUUACUACUUUGUGCAUAGCUGAGGCUGCGCCGUUAUACUUUUGUAACAUGCUACUUAAGAAUGCAGACUGGUGUAACAUUAGUAGGGCUGUGCGACCAUUUAGAAAGCAUGCUCUCCACAUGCACUACAAACUUGCUUUUGGGUAAAUUAAUCCUGUCAGUUUGCUUCAAAAGCCAGCUAUAGGCACUGCUGAUUGGCUAGUGACGGUGAAGUCACCACAAUAACUCCUCUCUCCUAUCCCUGAGGAAGUUUUGCAACUAUUUUAAAAAUGCUAAGAUGAAGGGUGAAUAGAGACACAGUUAAACACACAUGUGGUGUUUUUACAAACAUAUAGGGCAGGCAGUUCACUUGGAAAAUGUAUGGUGGAAAGACUAGAGUGCUGACUGAACCAGCUUGAUAGAUUGCCUAUCUGUCAUGUGAAUGUUGAAGUUGAGAGGAAAUUGGGCAUAUUCUUCAAAUGAAGAACCCACUGUAUCAUCACUUUUAUUACCACCUCUGUCCUCCCAAACCACCAAAUCAAGUUGUAGAUGGCUUGGUUUACUCCCCUGUCAUAUUUCAAGUUCCAUUGAAGGGAUUAUUUCUCUGACAGGUAUUGAUCUUGAAAAUUUCAUUCCCCCCCCCCCCCCCCAGUUUCUUAUAAAAGCAGAACACAGCUCUUUGAAGUGCCGGUACCCACAUCUGUACUUAAUACCUUUUAAAAGCUAUUCUUCUGAAUUGCCAUCUUUAUUUGUCUAGAACUCACAAACAAAAGAAAAGAUCUUCUUUUCAUACUUGAAUUUUAGUUCCAAGCUGAAGAUCACCUUCACUGCAGACCUGAGGAGGAGGAAGCAAACUGCAUCUAAAAAGCAGUAGGCUUGGGCUGGUUGGCCAUCAUUUUUGAGCAAAAACCAGCAUCCUUUGGAUAUGAUUUGAUAAUUGCAUCCUGUUUUUCUCACAACAAUGCUGAUCUCAAAACAGCUCACAACAAUAACAUUAGCAUAAAGAAUGAGUAAGCGUUUCAAUCAGUGCAAUCAUAUCCAAACACAAAGCAAAAAACCCCCACAAAUAAAUUCAUCAAACAAUUAAUACAAUUCAGUACAAACUCAAAGUGAUUCAAAAUAUCAGGAAUGGCUGCUGAGCCCCAGCUGUUUACUGUCGAAUCAGAUCAGACGUCAAUCUGGCUUUCUGUGGGUUGACAUUUGUUCUGAUUCAGCAGUAAACAGUGGGUUUUCCUGGGGAAAGCGGUGGGACGAAAGAAAAACCUCGCAGACCUGUGCCUAGAAAUCGUGGGACAAGUCCCAAAUCAGAUCCUUUUUGAAAGUAGAGUGGUUGUGCUAGGAUGGCAGAGCCCAUUAAUCCAUUGCACAAGACCUAAAGAUCUGUUAUGCACUUAAAGCACUCCUGCAAAAUAGUAACUCAAAAACAAAGCAAUUCAUUAGUAAGACAAAGCUCUCCCUGACAGCCAAGUUUUAAUUAAACAAAUAAUUUGCGAAAAGAUAAAGGUGUUCCAAAGGGAGCUUCGCUGGACAAGGAACUGUCGCAGCUGCCCUUGUUCAAGUCCUUGUUGAUGUUGCCUCUGGAAAGGUUGCGACCCAGAGAGGAACCCUACUGGCAUUGGGAGAAAUAUAUGGGGAAAGGCCCAAUAGGCACACAUGGCUUUCACCCCACCUUCAGUACUAUCAUUAUCCAAAGUGGUGGAAAGCUUGAGCAGAGAACUAAUGGUCCACUCCAACUUGGAGUCCGUAUUCUAUGUCAGCUGUACAAGUGGACAUUUCACAUUCCCAUUGUACUUCGGGUGGACUGUAUAUUCCUUACAGUCGGAGGAAAGGUAUUUGGGUCCAGGAAAACAAAUUAAGGCAUGGAUGCACAAUCCUCUGGUUAGGUCGCACCUUUCCUGAUGGUAACAGCCUUCUCUCUCCCCACUACCCCCUGGCUUUCUGUAGCUGGGACAGGAACCAGAAGCGACGUCACCACUCCAGCCAGCAAAGCGGACUGCAGCAGGAAGGUAGCCAUCAGCCCUUAACGGACCUAUCUCCCUCUGCGGUCAGCAUCCUGGGGCCCUUCAGCGACUCGCCGGCCCCUACACCAGACAUGAUGGAAACUGGACAGGUUCUGGAAGGCAUGGAGAAGCUAGAGGGACUAGGGAAGACCAGUGCCUUCCAGCUCAACAGGUAACUCACGCAAAUUGCAAGUAUCAAUCAAUCGAUUUAUUGUAGAUAGCCAAAGGCCUUUGCUAUGAACAGCAAAGAGCAAAAGCAAGGCAAUACUCUGGAAAGCAAGAAACAACUCCCAGCAGUGCUUGAUUUAUAGCAUGGAACACAACUACUUUAUAAUAUGAUCCUGGGACAUCCAGGAAGUAUUAAUAAAUGCAGCUACAUAAGAACAUGAAUCAUUCUCAAAAUAUAAUUAUAAACAAGUUUCCUCCAGCACUCUGUCAGAACAGCGGUGGUGGAUCACAAUUGGGAUAGUCCUCAGUAUCACUCAAUGCUCUUGCUCUCAUUUUGAAAAGUUAUCUAUCAGUACUCUGCAAAUUUAAAAAAGCAUUUUGAUAUGUUACGAUGAUACUGUACUAUACUAUACUUUACAGUGGUACCUCUGGUUGCGAAUGGGAUCCGUUCGCAACCUGAAAGGAACGCAACCUGCGUCUGCGCAUGCGCGGAUCGCGAUUCGCUGCUUCUGUGCAUGUGUGUGAUGUCAUUUUGCGUGUCUGCGCAUGUGCAAGCGGCGAAACCCGGAAGUAACCCUUUCCGGUACUUCUGGGUCGCCGCAGGACAUAACCUGAAAAAACAUAAGCUGAAGCAAACGUAACAAGAGGUAUGACUGUACUGUACUGUACUGAAAUGUUUAAAUGUUUCUUUGUCCUUGAAUCUUCCUGUCACAUUUGCCACCCUCCCUUGCUACCUCCUUUGAGAACCACUGCACUACAGGGUCAUAAUAGCCUGACCUAAGGGGAGGGGCAUGUCACAAAAGCAAUACAGUGACCACCAUUCUGGCAGAUCACAUACAAGCUUUAAGAAGUGGGUCCCCAUAUGCAUGCUUGGUUUGAAGGUGGGUCCUGGAUCUGAGAAGAUAGGACAGUACUGAUGCAGUGCAAGUAUAAUGCUGGGAAAGCAGAUCCGCUUUCAGCUGAAGCACAUGUUCUGAAGAUGACUCACUCUCAGCUGUACGUACCCAGUGUGCAACAGCUGCAGCACAAAAAGUGCAGAGCUGUAAGCGUUGGCCUGUUUUAAUCAAUGGAUUUAUCAACCAGAUCUGCAAUUCUGCGUGCAGUUGGCUUCAGUGAGAUUGUAGCAGCCUAACUGUUCGCAGGGAUGCAACCCAAAGCUGUGGUUGAUUGAUCAAAUUUCAGUUGCUGGGACCAUGAGCUACGCAUUUCUUAUAGUAGGUAUGUUGCAUCUGGUAUGCUGCUCUAAAGAAAAACAAAAAACUACAGUGGUACCUCGGGUUACAUACGCUUCAGGUUACAUACGCUUCAGGUUACAGACUCUGCUAACCCAGAAAUAGUGCUUCAGGUUAAGAACUUUGCUUCAGGAUAAGAACAGAAAUCGUUCUCUGACUGUUAAGUUGUGGGUGAACAUAUCAGACGACACAGCGAUUCUUCAAACAGCUCUUGUUUAUUCACAGGCCAGGACAGAACUCAACUGAAGGGUUCAGUCAGCCUGCUUAUAUAGAGCUCCAGUACAAUGUAACUGUAACAAUUUUCUAAAACUAUCCAAUCACUGAACGUCACUUUCGAUCCCUUAUUUGCAUAACUAUCUACAGUAUCCCCCUGCUGGCCCAGGGUGAGAACUUCAGUACAUAACACCGGCGGCGCGGCGGCAGCAGGAGGCCCUAUUAGCUAAAGUGGUGCUUCAGGUUAAGAACAGUUUCAGGUUAAGAACGGAGCUCUGGAACGAAUUAAGUUCUUAACCCGAGGUACCACUGUAUUUAAUUGGACUUGUCUUCUGACAACAAACCAAUGAGUUUAUUUCAUUUUAAGUGCUGACACUGGUAUCUCAAAAAGGCAUCUCUUUUUGCCCUCUUUGGGUUUGCCCUGUUUACCCCACAUUUAAUGUAAUCCCAUGGCAAGGGAGAGGGGAGGUAGUGGCAAGGCCCCCACUGCCCUGUGGAAAGGGGAAACAAUUGUAGCACAGAUCUAUCUCUUUAUGCAUGAAAUCUUCCUCCAUAAUAGUUCCACAUCAUGGCCAGAGCCUAGGUCUGGUAGAGAGGAUUUUCCCUGCAACCUGUUGUGCAAGGGUGAGGUCAGCUGCUAUGGUCCUGUAAUGAGUAUGGGUUGCUCGUGCGUAAGUUGCCGCCUCUCCUGGCUUUGUUGCCUUGUUAAACCUUUCAGUCUGGGCAGCCCUUCACUUCGUGGCUGCCUCAGUCGCUAGCAGAAUCCGUCAGUGGGCGUUUCUUAAAUCUUUUCCAACAUAAAAGUUGUUUGACACCCAGUCUCCUCCUACUCUCUCUGCGCGGAAGUCUUCUGCGCAGGGAGGGCGUGGGUAGCGGAGGACUCGUGCUCUCCCCGCUGGUGUCCGGUGAAGAGUCCUGGAGCCCUCUCGCCGAUUCCCCAUCUGCCCCCCUUUAUCCCUGGUGUUGCGCUGAUUUGCUUCCCCAUCUGCGGAGCUGCCUCUCUCCCUGCUGGGCCCUUCUCCAGCAUCAUUUGAGAGCCUUCCCUCCGCCUCUAGCUCCGAUGUCAGUUCCCUGACAGGUCCCAUUCGCCCAAUCUGCAUUAGUGCAAGCACAGGGUUUUUUUUGGGGGGUGUGAUGGUGGUGGAGGAGAGGAUGCCCAAAUAGGGGCUACUGAAGUUUUUUUAUGAUGUUCAAAUCUAUUCAUAUCUAAUCAAUUAAAGGGUGGAACCUUAAUGAACUACAGCCACAAGUUCUCCUAAAAUUACCUUGAUAUGGUGAAGAGAUCAGGAGCUACUCUCUACGACAGGGAUUCCAAAGGGUGUGGGCUGGAGAGGAUGGCAAGUGUGGUGGGAUGGUUCAAAGACAAUCAAAGAAACAUUUAAACAUUUCAGUGUAGUAUAGUAUCAAAGUAUUUUCAUAAACGAGAUUACCCGGCAACUGCAAGCUCAUACCUCUCAUCGAGUUUGUAGGCAUACUUAAGGUAAAUAUGCAUGAAGCUUGUUCAUAUUUUGGGAAUGAUUUGUGUUCUUAUGUAGCUGCAUUGCUUUAUAUUUUCCGGAUGCCCCAUGAUGUCAGGCUUUAGGGAAUCAGACCCCCCCCCCUGGAGCAGUAAUUAAGAAGAUCAAACGAAAGGCGCGUUCUUACCAGAUAAGUUAUUUAAUAAGCACAGCGAGAGACAAAAGGAAUGCAUAUCUCUCUAAAAAUGCCGUUGCUCCCAGUUAAGGUUUACCCCCUCCGUCCCCAUUAAUCUACGUCACUCCUAUGUCGGGUAAUCUGAUCUUGUUUCCCUGCGCUUUCUGUUCUAUCACCCUAAGUGCCCGUCUAGUCCUAGGCAAAGGGGGGUGGUCUUCUAGCUGUUCCUCACCCAGUAUUUCCCAGCGUUCCCCCUCUGGACUAUGCCCCUCUGCAAACCACUGUUCUAAAUCAAUACUAUCCUCCUGCCUUUGGGAAGGUUCAGGAAAGGGGGGGGCAUGUGACUCCCACCAUUCCUCCUCAGUCCUGAUGCAUGAUCAUAUUAUAAAGUAGUUGUGCUCUGUGUUACAAACAAAGCACUGCUAGGAGUCGUUUCUUUUUGUUUUCCCACGUAAAAAAAAUUCAGUGUGGUGCCAGCAAAUUUUUAUUCUCAACGUGGCCCAGGAAAAGAAGAAGUUUGAGAACCUCUGCUGUAGUACAAAGGGUCUGGGGGAGACUUAGAAGUGCACCCUAUGACAAAAGAACAAGAGACCAGAUGAAACAGCUUUUGUCCUUACCUCUGAACACAGGGAGCAUUGUUCAUCACUCUUACUCUUACUCUUUCUCUCUCUUUCUCUUCCCCUUUCUCUCUCCUUCCGCCCUUGUUUCCUGCUCAGGAUCCCCCUGGUGAACCUGUGAUUGCCCUGGAAGCAGCAGGCCCGGCUCCUUCGUUGCGAGACCAAACACUGAGUCCCAUAGAACUGGCAGCCCUCCCUUUUAGUUCCAUCCGCCUGCGACUAUGGUACUGCUACUCCUCACGCAGCAGCAGAAGUAUUGUAGAUCCCUUUGUGCCCUGACGUUCCGUCAUCAUUGCAGACCCAGCCCAAACCAAGGUUUUCGCUCAGGAGGAGCUGGGCUCCGUGGUGGGUCCUCAUGGCAGAGAUGAUGACUGGGGUGGUCUGAUGUGAGCAGAGGGGUGAGCAGGAAGGCCUAGAAGGCAAGAGCUAUUAGCACCUUCAUGGUAACGUUUCAAAGAUGUACCCCCGGCAUAAACAUUCAUACACAAACAUGUAUUUAUUUAUGUUUAAGUAAGCAUGCUUGAUAAUGGGGUGCAGAAGCAGGAUUUCCUAUUCGGUGUCUCCCCAUCUUUCCUCCUUUUCCUCAUCAUGCGGUUUUGAAGCAUCUUCCAAAGAGCCAAAUCUCACAUCACAUUCUCCUGGGCAAUGAAUACCUUUCUGUAUCGUGGGGAUGGGCAUAUAUGGAGGGGAAGUGGGAUGCAGGAAAAUCAGACACUCAGCAUUGGUAUUAAAUGGACACGAUUCCCUCAUCUGUCAUCUAAUCUUCUUUGGCUGCUUUCGCACCCACCCUCUUCUGUGGAAUUGCCAUCCUUUGCUUACUUACUUUUUAUGGUGCAUCCAGACAACGCCAUUGUCAUCCUAUUGCAUUCCAGUUUUUUCUGUGUUGGCUUCUCAUCUUUUUUUUCAGACCUGAUUUGUUGCAGUUGUGGAAGAGGAGUAGCAAUAAAGAUUGCAACAUGCGCCUGUCUACUAGGGACACACAAAGCACGAUUGGAGCUUUUUGAGGCUCCUGUGCCUUUAAUUAAAUGCUUCCUGGCUUGCAGUUGCAGUCCAUUUUAUUGCUUUCUGAUGAUCAUGGUACAGGAUAAUCAUGAAAAAAAUUGUCUAUUGCCUUUCAACCUCAUAAUUGCCCUCAUGUCAACUUCUGUUCCACUUGGGGAGGGGGAGAGGUUUAAAUUACUUUCCCCCCUUUCUUAUUUAAAAGCAAACCAGCAUUAUUUUGCUGUAAAGGUGCCAAAAUGAGAGGAAAUAAGUAGUUAUAGCCUCCAUCCUCCCACAGGAGCAGAAAAUUACAGUUGGAACAUGCAAUUAAGAGGGGCUGCUGAAAGGACAGUUAUUAAGCUAUUCACUGUAAUCCCUUUCCAUUGCUCACCAAAAAACAAUAAAUGGGAAGAAUCUUCAAGAAGGAAUAUUUUAAUUAACAUUGCUGAAAGCCUUUAUAGAACUAGACUUACCAGUUCAUAAUCAUUAUGAGAUUCUUGGUCAUGGGGGAAGGCACUGCUGGAUAGCAUAGAGCUAUUAUCAUGUGCAAGCAUGGAACUUCUGUUUUAAUUCCAGUUCCAGCUAAUUGCAGAAAAGGAGUGCCUCAGGCAUGCUGGUGGACUGUAGUGUCAAAGCAACACAUUCUGUAUUUUUGUCUCACUCCCUGCAUCUCCAGAUACACCAUACUCCCUCACUCCAGCGACUGUGACAGCGUUGCAACUCUCCCUCUUUUUCAGACUCCAUUCUCUUCCCCUGUCUUCCGUAGCAUAAUUUUUGGCCCUGUUCCAUGAAUUGCUUCCUGUCCAAGUUAUUUUUGGCUAAGCUUGGUUCAGUCUCAGUUCAAAUGUGUGUGUUCCCCCCCCCCACACCCCAUAAAAGUAAUUUACUAAGCUUUUUUAUUUUUAAAUUAAAAGUAUGCAUAUAAGUUAAUGGCUGGCAGAUGGCUUUUUGCUCAGCUAAGGAAUAGUAGACCCUGGAGUUUAUAUAAGAAGUAGUACUAGGUGCUCAGCUCCUCCUGAUAGCUAACUGGAGGGCACUGCCUAGUAGAACAGCUGCAGUCCUCACUCUUUGAGCAGAUGUCCUCGUAGCACAGUGAAUAAAGAUUUAAUACCUAUCUAACAAGGUUCAUUGGCAAAGCCCCAUAUUGGCCAGGGAUGCCAACUAAUCAGGUUUUGUGGUGGGGAACCUUACUCUGCCCUUAUACCUUUAUUAACAAUUGCUUCUGCAGAAAUCAGCAGAGUAAGCUUUCUGUGGCAUGGAGAUAAACAUCGCCUGCUAUUUCCAUCAAGAUGCUGUUUUAAGUUGGCAGGCUGCAUAGCACCUAAUAAUUGCACUGAAGUUAAAGGGGACUAAAUCAUUUAAAUUUGGGUCAUGCCCCGGCUUGAGGAGACCAUUCUCGCGCAGCAGAAAUAGCAGCGUAAGGUGCAGCCCAAUGCAUUCUAGUGUCUGAACUGUGCAAAGUCAAAUGUAGCCCCUCCUUAACGUAUUCAAGUUACAAGAAAGGAGAUUCCAACUAAACACCAGGAAGAACUUUAUGACAGUAAGAUCUGCUCAGCAGUGGAACAGACUCCCACGGGAGGUGGUCGACUCUUCUUCCUUGCAGGAUUUUAAGCAGGGAUUGUAUGGCCAUCUGUCAUGUAUGAUCGAGUUAAGAUCCCUGCACUGCAGAAGGGGUUGGGCUAGAUGACCCUCGAGGCCCCUUCCAGCUCUACAGUUCUAUAGUUCCAUAGCUUCUCUCCUACAACAAGCAUAUUUCAAAAUAAUGGAGUCUGUGCAACAACACAGCCGUCCUCAUAUUAGGUCAUCCACCUGCGUGACCAUGUGAAAGCUCUGGCUUUCUUCACGUUUAUAUCAUCUGCACUUAACAGACCAUUUAGACACAAUCAUUUCUAGGGGAGAUUAAAUUGACGUGGCGCUUACUGCCCAUGGUCCAGUUCAUUUCCUCCAACCCACCAGCGUCUUUGGUCCAACUGCUUUUGCAGUGCAAGAGCCUGCAAAACCUAAGCACAGAAAUCAGCGUAAUCUCCAGAUUUGGAAGGACCCUUUGCCAGGGAGAUCCCUCCCUGAAAAGCCCCAGCUCCUUUUCAUUGCUGCUGCUGCACAUUCGCUCACCAUGUUCCUCCUGGCUCAAUGUGCCCCGUGGCUCACAGAGAAAGGGCAAGGUCAGCAGAAGCUCCUUCUCCUUCUCCUUCUCCUUCUCCUUCUCCUUCUCCUUCUCCUUCUCCUUCUCCUUCUCCUUGCCCUUGUCCCUGCUCAGUCACUCAGAGAACCCAGGUGAACAGGCAAUGAAAGCCACUUGAGAUGCCCAAUGAUGCCAACCCUUGACGCCAGCCCUGAGAGAGGAAAGAGUGGGACAGUUCUGCACACCAUCAUCAAGGGUGCCGUCAACUCUAGAAGGGAGGGAACUAUCUACAGCCUCAUAGAGCCCUUGGAUUCUUACAUGGUGAUAUUUUAAUUUCUGUAAAGAGCCAAAGCCCUUCAACACGACCAUCCUUUCAGUGACAGCGCUGCUUGCAUUUAACACCCACCUUAAAUAGGUGGGCAAGAUGCUAAGCACAUUAGAGGUUUCUGAAGGGGGUGGUUGUACGAUGAAUGCAGAGCCCAUCCCUGCAGCGCAUGGCCAAAGUUAUUUGUUCUGCACUAUCCCCAAGGAGCCCACAUCGUGGGCAGGGGAGACACACAAUCAGCAUGGGAUGAAUGCUUGCUGUGCAGUCUGCGUGACCUAGGGAACCUGCAGAAUAAAAGCUGCUUGGCUUGAUUAUAUUUUAUUUUAUUUUUCAAGGAAAUGCUUCUGGGCUAAACAGGUGCAGCGUGCAUGCCCCUGUAAGGCGUAGGAGAACUCUCUGGAUCACAGUUACUGUUUUGCCAGGGCUGCCAGUGUGGGUGCCACGAUUCUAUGCAAGUGUGGGAAAAGCAUGGAAUGUGAUGCCAGGUGCAGAAUUCAGCUCCCUGAGAACCCCAGCCUUCAUUUCAAAUAAGAAGCUCGCCCUCUAUGACUAUGCAGAUAUGCCUGAAAAAUAUGCGGGUAGCCCUGUAGGAAAAAGUUAACAUUUCUGCAGUCAGGCAUUCCAGUCUUUACAGCAGCCUUAGUGAUUGCACAAAUUGAGCAGAUGUGCAUAAUUCUCCCAUUUUCCUUUUUACUGUUUUUACACCAUUCAUUCCAGUUUCGGUAGCCACGAAGAUGCGGGGCGCUAGUCAUAUAUGCAAGACAUAGAAGGGCCCCCCCCCAUUUCCCCAGUUCCUGGAAACAUCAUCCCACUACCCCUUUUUGCUUCUGAGAUUUCAGCAGCUUAACAUAUUUUAAAAACAAAAGUUGAGGUUCUCAGCAAGCUGAAGUCAUACAAGGUCUCAUGUGAUGGUGUGGCUGUGCCGUAGGAUGGGUCUUCUGCAUUCUGCCACAUUAUGGCCCAGGACAACGCAAGGAUUUGGUGGAAGGGCAUUCAGAUAUAUAUAAUAAUGAUUUAUUGUUUGUACCCUGCCCAUCUGGCUGGGUUUCCCCAGCUUCCAGAAGCUUCCAACAAAGACUAAAAAUUCAUCAAAAUGUCGCACAUUAAAAACUUCCCUGACAGCCUUCAGAUGUCUUCUAAAUGUCAGGUAGUUGUUUAUCUCUUUGACAUCUGAUGGGAGGGCGUUCCACAGGGUGGGCUCCCUCUCCUCAUCCAGGAAGCUUCCCCCAUUCUCUCCAGCUGAGUUGAAGUCCUGAAAGACCAUCUCCCUUGGUGGUUUCUGGGUUGCGUGUGCCUCUCAAGUCUAUCCAAUAUUACAGCCCUGCUUAAUACCAUUUCCUGCUAACUAUGCUCUUUCUUUUCCCAUUUUUCUUUUUCUGUGUCCUUAUACUUUCCUCCCUGUUUGAUUGCAGGCUGUCUUUUUAUUUCAACAUUCCCCCCCCCCUUUUGUAUACAUACGGGACCCAAAGCAAAACCUUAAGAGUUACCCAGUCCCCCUUGGAACCAAAGGAGCAAACGAAUCGCAACUAACUUAAAACCCCUUGAUUUUCAGUUAUUUGUGUAUGCAUUUAUUUGGUCAAUUUAUAUGCCUCCUUUCAAAAUAAGGGCCUCUUCAGAGGUCCUUUUCGCUGUGCAUCUGUGAUGAUUUGUGCUCAGGAUCGUAUUGGGACAGUUAUACACAACCCAGCCUUCAAUACUGUUUAUGCCUACAAAGGUUGUGGGGCAAACAUACCCAACUGGUCUAUGUUUCUCAACUUCCAGCUGAAAUCCUGUAACUCUUUUAUACCACGAAUGCUUACUUUUUUUGUCCCACUGCUGUGGCACUAUAGUGCAAGAGCGCCCCUCCGGACAGCAAUACUGGGAAUAAUAUUACUGGCGAAGCAUCGCAGAAUAACUAAUAAAGCGGGAUCACGUGUGGGUGGUUCCGUAUAAAUCCACCACUAGCACACUAUUCUUACAUCAAUGACAGGUUGCAGAAUCCACCUGCUGAAAAGUGGUCUGGAGGGGCCAUAGGAAUUUUCAAGGGGACUCUCAGCAAUUAAAAAAACACACAGUAAAAAUCUGUUUCAUUUGGACUCAGUCACAACAACUCCUGUCCAACCCCAGUCAGAACAAAGAGUCGAUUCUUUCAGCUAUCGCAGCCUUAAGUGAGCCAAUUACCGUAUUUUUUGCUCUAUAAGACGCAGCAGACCACAAGACGCACCUAGUUUUUGGAGGAGGAAAACAAGAAAAAAAAUAUUCUGAAUCUCAGAAGUCAGAACAGCAAGAGGGAUCGCUGCGCAGUGAAAGCAGCAAUCCCUCUUGCUGUUCUGGCUUCUGGGAUAGCUGCACAGCCUGUAUUCGCUCCAUAAGACGCACACACAUUUCCCCUUACUUUUUAGGAGGGGAAAGGUGAGUCUUAUAAAGCAAAAAAUAGGGUAUAGGAAAAGAAAGGUGGAGGGGUUGGGGGUGGGGAGAGAAAAGGUGCUGGAAAGAGAUUUGAGAUGCAGGCAAAGGCAGGGAGGGCAAGGCCAGCGGGGCGUUUGGGAGACAGCGGAGGUGCCUGGCCCUUGCCUGUACUAGGUGGGCAUCUCUGCUAUCCUUGCUUUUAUUCUGCUUGGCUACCACCUCCCCCUCUUAGCUUCCUCCAAUCACAGCUCCUGCCCACUCUGGGCGACUUGGCUAACCCAUGACAAAUUUCCUGCACAAAUGUCACUUCCAUGUAGGAAACGGAUGCUUGCUCCUGUAGUGAUCGUGAGCAGUCAAAUAUAGAGUAGCAGCCAGAGGCAAGAGGUUCAGCAGUGGGGCUGAACGGGGCAUGGAGUUUUGCCAUAAUAAUAAGCAUUAAUAAAUAAAUAAAAUCAAUGUCGCAAUUUCCUCUGUAGUAUGGAAAUAGCACUAUAACGCUGUAAUAUAAAUAGAUUAUUUUUUUGCGUACAAUUGUCUGUUUCUUGGCAGAUUGGGUCAUGGCCAAAGAUGCUCUGGGGAGUCUUCUGAAUAGGCUUGGUUAAAAGAGGAAGAGGAAGGACCUGCAAGAGAUUCUCUCCUCUCCUCUCCUCUCCUCUCCUCUCCUCCCUCCCACCCCCCAAUUACACCACUGUCACAUGUAACAAAUGCCUGUCUGGCAUGUCUUCAUGCCUGGGGAACCCGCCACCCACCGAGUCGACUUGUGGCCAAAUAAACGCAUGUGCAUUUGUGAGACGUGUGACAGUGUCCCUGCAAGUUUCUCUCCUGGAAGUGCUACCUGUGCCUAGCACAUCUGUCGUGUGUGAAGCAGGGUCUUUCGUGUGUCUUGCCCUUCUCCUGCCCCUUCUUUACCGUACGAUAUAUUUUUGUAGGGUUUUCUUCUCCUCGUGGUGAAAUUCUUAAAUUCUUGUGGGAUGUAAGUUUCAACAUUUUUAAAAUAAAACUUUGCAAAAUACUGAAAGCUAAUGGCUGACUGUGUGCUCUUGUGGGCUGCUUGCUGCCUGACUGCUGUGAGCAAGCCGAUCAUUACCCAUUUUUAUUAUAUUAUAUAUAUUUUUGCCUUAAAGCGAUGCCUGGGCAGAGCUUGGGAUUUGAGAAAAGAAUGUUAACCUUUCUUAAUGGCCCAAGGCGGCCGGUAGAUGUCUCUUUAUGGGAGCUGGUGGCCAGAAGAUGCUUUCUCACUACAGAGAUCUCUCUGCAAUGUUUGGAAGGGGAAAUCAGAUGAUCAAACUUGUUCAAUGUGGUGGGGUGAAAAGGGGUCAGUGGGCAGCCAGCUACUGACCCCCUGGUGUCGUUGCAUUGGACCAGGCAUCAUGUCUGGUGUGGGGCGAGAAAGGAACAGUGGCUCCAAUGAACAGUUAGGAACUUAACAGGAGCUCCUGAUGUUUCCUUUGCAAGUGGGCUUUGCUUACAGGGCUGGCUCAGCUGCCCUAGGGAGUUCCCUACCAGUGCAACCAGUGCAGAUACUAUUAGUGCAACCAGUGCAGAUACUAUUAGUAUCGUUCAGCAAGCUGUACCUGCACAUGAGCAUGCGUCUUCUGCAGACAGGUUGCCGGCUAUUGUAGUUUGGUGGCGGUCACCAAUCCCACCCUCCAUAGCUAAAGGGAAAGGUCAGGUUCCUUGUGUGUGAGAGGGAACAGAACAAGAUGCUGGGGUGGCUCAGUUAGUAAAGCAUGAGGCUCUUAACCUCGGGGCUGUGGGUUUGAACCCCACGUUGGGCAAAAGAUUCCUGUGUCGCAGGGGGUUGGACUGGAUGACCCUCAGGGUCUCUUCCACCUCUAUGGUUCUACGCAGUUUAGGGAGAGUCAGAAGAAUCAGCUGGAGGCCAGGAGCAUUUUAGGGUGCAGAGAUCUGGUGUGAGGUAGCACAUUGCUUUCUCACAUCAGUGAACAUGCUGCUUGCCUCUAUUAAUGCUACUGCUUGCAUAUUUAAGAACAGGAGUCAGCAAACUUUUUCAGCCGUGGGCCGGACCACUGUUCCUCAGACCAUGUGGUGGGCCAGACUAUAUUUUGAAAAAAAUAAUAAUGAACAAAUUCCUAUGCCCUACAAAUAACCCAGAGAUGCAUUUUAAAUACAGUCGUACCUCAGGUUACAGAUGCUUCAGGUUGCAGACACUUCAGGUUACAGACUCCGCUAUCCCAGAAAUAGUACCUUGGAUUAAGAACUUUGCUUCAGGAUGAGAACAGAAAUUGCACAGCGGCGGCGGCGGCGUGGUGGCAGCGGGAGGCCCCAUUAGCUAAAGUGGUACCUCAGGUUAAGAACAGUUUCAGGUUAAGAACAGACCUCCAGAACGAAUUAAGUUCUUAACCCGAGGUACCACUGUAAAAGCAUACAUUCUACUCAUGUAAAAACACCAGGCAGGCCCCACAAAUAACCCAGAGAUGCAUUUUAAAUAAAAGCACACAUUCUACUCAUGUAAAAACAUGCUGAUUCCCGGACCGUCUGCUGGCUGGAUUGAGAAGGCGAUUGGGCGGCAUCCGGCCCCCGGGCCUUAGGUUGCCUACCCCUGUUUAAGAACAAAGCAUUUAUUUAUUUUUUAAAGAAAAUAAAUCAUAAACCGCCAGUGCCCUCUGUCCUCCCUUGAAGGGAAGCUGGUAGUACAGGAAUGUCUCGCUGCUAGGGAAUUGGAGAGCACAUAGCAGUUCAUUACGGGGAGAAAUCUGUCUAGGGAGUUGGCUUGGGAAAUGUAAGGCAUUGCUUAACAUGUUGAUUCUGGGCAAAAGGAAGAUCAACUCCAUUCUGGUCGCUGGUUGUUCCUGGUCCUCGUUUCUCUCCUCCAGCCCACAUGGCGGCAGUGGGGAAACCCUCCUAGCAGAGACUCUUAUUUCCACGGGGCUCGCUCAAGAUAUUUUGGUACCUGAGUGGGAAAUCUAAAUGCAUCUCCCUUCUUGCCAGUUAACAGUGUGUGUAAGUGUAGCGGGGGAGACACAACCCACUGGGAAGUCCUCAUGCUUGAGCUUCAGAGGAGAACUUUCUGGUGGGUUGCGAUCUCCAAGUCGGAUCUGGCUGUCUCCCACUCGUGACACCUUUAAUGAUAACAUAACAAAACCUGACACCCGGAGGGCUGCCUCGUCCUUUUUCCACGGUUAGGUCUGCCUCAGAAUUCCCGUGCUCAGUUCUGUAAUUGCUGCUUUUGCUCGCAACAUACAAUUUCCCAUCUCGAAAUCUUGGAUUUUUGUAACAUUUUAAUUUCAGGCUGCAGGAGGGAGGGAGGAGGGAGGACAGAAAUAACUGGAAGAAAAGGAAAAGCAAGGCAGGGAGCGGAACGCUUGCUCUCUCGCUCGCUCCACUCCCCAUGGCUGCCUCCACGCUUUCUAUUUAAGGCUCUUCUCCAGCCUUCUCUUCUGUCUAGGCUGCUGCCAACGUCCCAGGUUUCCAGGGUUGUUCUGCAGCCUGUCCCCCCGUCCUCCGCCCAUCAUCUGCUUAAAAUCCCCUCCCCGCCCCCGCACUUCAUCAGCCCCGGCAAUCAAUGAUGGAGAAAGGAUUUUGGCACCAGAGCAAAGCAUUUCAGUGCCACACUUUAGCCCUUGGCUCUCCAGAGGAUUAGACCGAGAGGGUGGGCUGGGAGUUGGAUUAAUAAACCCAUGUUGACUGAGAUGAAGACCUCUGUCUAAAUAGGUGUACAGGGAACUUCAGAGUCCUCAAGGGGUUUCAGAAUUGAGGCUUCCCCAGCUCUGGACACAGAGGACGGCCCUACAUUUAAAAGUUAUUUUCAGACACAGGCAGAACACCACACUCGGGGGGUUCUGACUGAACUUGUGUCGUUGUUCCCACAAUAAAUAUGGGACUGCUGUGUGGCAGCUGGGAGUGGGUGGCUAGGUGUCAUAAUAGCGCCUCCUCCCCCCCCCUCCAUGUUUCUUUCUUAAGAACUCGAUCAUAGAGCGAAAAGGUACUCACUGAAUUUGCAGCUAUUACCACAACUCAGCCUGGGCCAAUUGUGAGUGAGGGUGCUGAUGUCUAAAAAACCCACCUUCGCCUUAGGAGUGUUGAGAAAUAUGUAUAGAUGUACUUGAAAAUAGUUGUGGGGGUGGCUUUUUCUGCUUCUGAGUGAGCUCUGCUUCCCCUCAGUUUUUCUGGACAGAAUCCCAGUUGCUUCUUCCUAUUUGCAAACACACACACACACACACACACACACACACACAGAGUCCACUUUGGUUUUUUCCAAGCACCUCACAUGUUUGCCUGCUCAGCACUACUUUAAAAUAAGUUUUUAACACUUCGUCAUCCUCCACCUUUUAAAACACUUUUAAGAAGGCGAGGUGGCUAAUUAUAUCGAUGAAGUCUUUUGCUUAGCCUCCUUCUCCUCACCUCAGGGUGGGUUCCUGAAACUCAUCCCUAACCUGUUUUCUAACCUUGGUGCAAAACCUUAACAUGGUGUUCUGGCCUAAAACGCUCCCUCAUAUACUUGCUGCCGUUCCUUCCCUUUGGCAAUGCUUCUGUCACACAGUCCAUCCCAGCCAUGGCUCUGGGGGGAAUGGAGUGGAGGACAUCUCAUUCAAGAAAGAGGAGUGGAGCUUUGCAGAGUCCUCCAAGGCUGCACACAGACAUCGUCUCUCAGUUGCUUGGAGAGGAGAGGACUUGAGACAGUUGUGGGGAGGUGGGGACUUUCAGCAACUGAUUCAUGGGGCGAGAUCUACCAGGGAUGAGCUGCUGUGCUCGCCAGGCCUGACACACCAUCAAGUCUGUGUAGAUCGUGUUUUUGCUAAUAAAGAGUUAACUCCAAAUGGGAACAGUGUGAUUUACUGCUGGCUCGCUCUUUGACACCAAGUGACCCAGUCCCAAGGACACUUUGCCUAGAUGCCCAUGCACCACACCUGGAUCUCCCCUCAGCUCCCAUCCACCCAGGAACAGAGGGAAUAGAAGACCUGGCAAGCUGCUCAGAGCUGGUGGAGGAGAGCUAGCAGCCAGAUGACUUCAUUACCUGGGGUCUCCUUGAGAGGAGGGAGAAGCCAGCCAGGAACCAGGUGUGCAUUGACACCCAGCAGAUGGCCAGAAAGGAGGCAGAGGUCACUGAAGGGAUAUAAACCUCCAAGCUUCUCUGGACCUUUGCUAAAGUAGUGGUGGUCCCCUAUUAGGUGCCUAUAAAGGUAAAGGGAUCCCUGACCAUUAGGUCCAGUCGUGACCGACUUUGGGGUUGCGGCGUUCAUCUCGCUUUAUUGGCUGAGGGAGCCAGC